AAAGUUAUUCAAAAUAUUUUAGAUGGAAGUGAGACUAAAAUGAUUAAAAUAAGAAUUACAGCAGAUGACUUUGGCUAUUGCAAACAACGUAAUUUAGGUAUACUGGAAACUAUAGAUAAUGGUUCAGUAAAUAGUGUUUCUAUUCUUAUGAAUGGGAGUGAUGUGAUUAAAUUAAAUAAAGAUGUCCAAAAAGGGUUGCAUGUUAAUCUUACUGAAGGUACUUCGACAUCUGAAAAAUCAACUGUUUCAACAUUAUUGGGACCAGACCAGUUAUUUUUAGGAAAGUUUGGAUUUAGAGAAAAGCUCUGUAAUGGGGAAAUAUCAAAGAAUGAAUUAAGGAUUGAAAUUGAGUCACAAAUUAAAGCUUUCAUAAACAAAUAUUUGCAUAUACCUACCCAUGUAGAUGGCCAUCAGCAUGUUCAUGUCCUGCCUUUAGUUCGUGAUUUAUUUGCUGAACUUCUUCAAAAAUAUUCAAUUAAAGAAACACGAAUUCCAUAUGAAAUAGGUAUAAUUGAUUGUGAAUGGAUUGAAGAACCUCGACUACAGUUUUAUAAAAAAGUUUGUGAAGAUGCCCUGUUGGCAAAAAAAGUUUUUAAUGACUAUGGUAUAAGCUUUUCAGAUUAUUUCAUUGGUUUAACAACUAUGUCACAUGAUUUUACAGAAGUCCAUUUUAUGAUCGCUAUCAAAAAAAUUAAGGAAGACCUUAUAAAAAAUAAAAAGAUACGUGAUAAUAUAUCCAUAGAGGUUAUGGUACAUCCUGGUUAUGCAAGUGAAAACAAUGAUGGCGGAUGUGGUGGAGGUCCUGACUCCUUUUCUUUAUCUAAUGACAGAGAGUUUGAAGUAAAUGCUCUAACUUCAAAAUGGUUUAAAAAUUUUUUAAGCUCAGAACACAUGAAUUUGUUAUAAUUUUUAUAAUUAAUUCAUUAUAAUAUUAAAAAUAAAUUUUUAUUAUAUUAUUUAGUUUUAAAUGAUUUUUUAUAACAAUACUUUAUAUAUUUCAGGUUAUUAUAUUGUAUAAGUUUAUUGUCACUGAUAAUACUUAUGAUUUUUUAAGUAUAUAUCUUUAGUUUCAUUGUGAUAA